AUGGGUGUUGGUCCAUCAAGCCUGUUUGACUACGAGGAAAAAAUGUUGGAGAAAAUAGUGAGAACUGCGAUCAAGAAUGAGGAGCUUCUAGAGAGAAAGCACCACUCUCCCGUUGCUUUCUUCGCCACCCUUCCUUCUAGUUUUAGAACAUCCACCUCCUCUCAAACGAUCGUAUUCAACAAUGUUGUCACAGAUGUUGGUGGGGGUUACAACCCGAGGACAGGCGCGUUCACCGCCCCGGUCUACGGUCUAUACGUGAUCUCAACUACUGUCAUUGUUGACCUGUCCACGUCGACGACCACCGCUCAGUUCAGAAUUAAUAAGAACGACAGUGUUGUAGUGAACCUCUAUGUCAACGACAUUGACGGUAACUACGAGACAGUCUCAGAGAGUAAGCACCUCCCUCCUGUUGCUUUAAUCGCCACUCUAUCUUCUAGUUUUACAACAUCCACCACCUCUCAAACGAUCGUAUUUAACAACGUUGUCACAGACGUGGGUGGGAGUUACGACCCGGGGACAGGCGUGUUCGCCGCCCCGGUCGAAGGUUUAUACGUGUUUUCAGCUUCUGUCAUGGUUGACCUGUCCACGUCGGCGAACAACGCUUAUAUCAGAAUAAGCAAGAACGACAGUAACAUAGUGACCCUCUAUGUCAACGACAUCGACGGUAACUUCGAGACAGGCGUACGCACUGUCAUUCUCUCGCUGCAGGUCGGGGAUACUGUAAAGAUGACAUGCGACUCAUCCAUAGCUUUUCGUUAUUUUCCUGUUAUUAUAAACAGCGUACGAGGAACACAGAACAUUUAUUGA